GGCACACGCUAGGCAUGUUUAAUACGACGGCGCUUGCAUCGGCAUGUCGUGCUUUCACCUUAUCAACACUGCCACCUCGCUUAUGAUUUUAACCAGGGAAAACACUGAGUAUAUUGUACCGUGAACUAAGUUUCUACUUCCGUUGAACUGGUCAGAGCUAUAAACAUUGUUUGAGCUCAUCACAGCAGUCACAGCAAUGGCUAGCAGAUUCCUUCUCGCCAAUGUUUUGCAUCGCCGAGGCAACAAGAUUUCGAACUGGACGCUUGGUGCAUGUUGCUACCACAUGGAUGUAGGAUCUGCUGAGCUAGGUUCGGAUGCUCGCGUUAUAGACAUGAGGAGCGAUGUGUUAACGAAGCCAAACAAGAGAAUGAGACAGGCAAUGGCGGAUGCGGUUGUCGGUGAUGAUGUUUUCCGCGAAGACCCUAUGAUACACGAGAUUCAAGCAAAGGUGGCAAACAUGUUUGGCAUGGAGGCGGCAUUAUUUGUGCCAAGUGGUACAAUGGGCAAUCUCGUCGCCAUGAUGGCCCACUGUAGCAACCGAGGUGAUGAAGUCAUUUUGGGAGAUAAGUCGCACCUCUUUCUAUUUGAACAAGGAGGAAUCGCUCAGGUGGCAGGUGUGCAUCCAAUGCCAGUCAUAAAUCGGAACGACGGAACAUUCAGCAUCAAGGAGUUAAAAUCGAAGAUUCGACCCACAGAUGACCCCCACCAGACGCUGACCCGAGUCGUCUCAAUAGAGAAUACGCAUAAUUUUUGUGGCGGUCGUGUUCUACCGUUAUCUUUCAUUGAGGAGGUGGCAGAAGUUUCACACGAACAUGGCCUUAUAGUACACAUGGACGGAGCCCGUUUGAUGAAUGCUGCCUAUGCCCUGGAUCGGCCGCCUUUGGAUUUAGUCAAAAAAUGCGACUCUGUCAGCAUGUGUCUAUCCAAGGGUCUUGGAGCUCCAGUCGGAUCAAUGCUGGCCGGAACUACGGAGUUUAUUGAAAAGACGAUUAGAUGUAGAAAGGUGCUAGGAGGUGGCAUGCGACAGCCUGGUAUCCUUGCUGCUGCUGGCUUAGUGGCCCUCAGUGAGGCAGACAUGCGCAUGGCUCACGACCAUGAAAUCGCCAGCAAGUUUGCUAAAGGUAUUGCAAAGAUUGGUGGGUCAGUGAUAGAGGUGGAUGUACCAGCUGUGGAGUCCAACAUUAUCAUGCUGCACGUUGUGAAAGAGGGCCUUACAUCUGAGAUGUUCUGCCAGCGACUCAGAGAGGUGACAGAAGAGGAGAGCAGGAAGUUUAAGGACAAUCUAACAAAGGUCGUUGCGGGACCAUGGAGCACUACAUGCGUGCGUGGUGUCACACACUUUGACCUGAGUCACGAUGACAUCGAUAGAGCACUCCGCAAGUUCGAGUAUGUUAUCAAGGAAUUCUCAGAUUCCCUGUAGUUGUGCGAUUGCUGUUCAAGUAAUUAUGCUACCUGUAUAUUACGUCUAUAUCGCCGAGUGUGAAGUGAUAGGCAUUCGAGAUUCAUAGGUAUGAAGUGCAAUGGGCCUGAAUAUGCUGGCAUUAUUGCGUCUAGUUUUCUCAUGAAUUUCUACAGCCGUGAGGCACACACUUGGAUUUUCACCACAUAGGCAUGCGACUCUGUGAUUAUUAAACCACUAAUGCUUAAGCAACCAUCAUUGAAGUCAGUAAUCGGAUAUGUACAUCCACAGAAGUAUACUGUGCAUUUGAUGCUUUUAGUGUAGGCUUUAGCAUUGCAUGCCGGCGUGCUGUGCAUAUCCACACCUGACUACUUCUCAACAAUGAUGAGCAUUAUUUCAUUCAGAUAGGUCUAAUCAUCUGAACCAUUGUUUGUCGCAAGCGGUUUCAUGUGCAGUAUCAUAACUAACCUUGUGUGAACUUUUCAAACACCACCUCUUGCUUGUUGUGAAGUAAAUCAUAUAUUAUAGAGAUUAAUAUAAUUUGAU